GACAAAUAUAGGAUGUGAGUGACUCAGCUUUAAUUCUAGCAGAGAAAAAAGGAAGCAGCCAAACUCCGGACAAAAACCUUUAUAAAAGGAUUUGCAGUCUUUCUCUGUGUUGUAAUUAGACGACUACUAACACAUUUAAUCAAGAAAUGCAAGUUACACAUUCACAUUUUUGUAACAAAGCUGUGACCUGACAGUUAAUAAAAGCCAUAUGAGUGUAUUAUUACGUUUUCAUGUACAAACAUACACAUUGAACUUAUUUUUGCUCCAAAGCUGAAAUAUAUAAUAAUAUUAAUAAGAUAUAUCACUACAUAGUCAUAUAAUAUACAGAAAUUUUUUUUCACUUUCACAGUUUUGCAAAAAACUAAUAUAUAAUAAAAGCUGGCAUUAUUAAUAUAUUAUUAUAUAUCCAUGCAAUAUACAGAAAUAUGUUUUUAAAACAUUUCCACAUAAAAAAAAGCAGGCAUUAUUAAUAUUAUCGUAUUUUUAUACGGAAUUACUAUUCUAUAGGGGACUUUUAAAAGACAUGGAAAUUGGGUUUACUAUUAUUCAGAGGACAAAAUAAGAAACCCUGUAUGAGAUUCACUACUCUCAUAGGUACUGUGUAAGUCUGCUAUAGUUGCACACAGUUUACUUCAACAUUUUUCUUUAUGAGCAAUCCUAAAUGUUUUUGAACAAAUCCUCAAACUAGACCGUGAAAGGCUUGUAUUUUGGCGGGGGUUUGCCCAUGAUCCAAGUGUGGCGGAUGUCACGUGAGCUGUCGUGGCUGCUGUGUUGUUUCACUACGGUAUAAACAGCUGUAGUGUUAAUGUCACACAUGAGGCGCGGAGGAACAGUGGAUGUGGAUUUUACAGCAGCAGCUCGAUCGUGUUUAUGAACCGUGUCUUUAAUAGUCGAGAUGGCCUCCGCGGUCGUGUUACAGACGCAGAUUUCUGCGAUAAUGGACGUGUUGACAAAAGCAGCGGUGGCAGAAAUCAGUCAGCUCAUUCAGGACGACAGUGUUGUUUUACAUUUGGAGAUAAAGCGGAGAGAGGAGGAGAUUGAAGGCCUGAAGAAGCGUCUACAGGUCACCGAGAAAGAACUGAAGAAAGCGCAGGCUGCUCCUGACCGAUGUUCAGUCGGAGUUCAGGUCGAAAUGGCUGAAAUGCCGGAGACAGGAGAUUCAAUGGCCCACGGAAAGGGAUCCUCACAUGGAAGCCAUCUUCAAAUAUUUAAUACGAGUUUAGUGCAAGAACUCAAAGAAGAGAAACCACAGUUGUCUCACAAAAUGGUACCAACUUCGCAAAACAUAUUGAAAGAGCCAAAUGCAGCUCAGGCUUAUGCAACCAAGCCAAGCGAACAACAAGACCAGGCAUGUGAGGAAGAUGAGUUUAGCGGUCUGGAGUUUGAAAUGAAGAUUGAGCAAGUGGAGGAGCUUGUGGAUCAGGAGCUCAACCUGCCGAGAGUGGAUUACAGGAUGGUGCAGCCAGACGCUGCAUCUGACGAUAAGACAGACCAGAGAGACGCUCAGUUGUGGUCACCUGUUGAAGAUGAUGCAGCGGAUGAUUUUGGUGUACCUGGAGGCUGUACUGGCUUAGAGCAAUACCAACAGCUUCCAACAGAACAAUGUAUAGAACCUGUGUUGAAGGUUCCUCAGAACUCCGAGAGCAUUGCCAACAAACCCAUUGACUCCUUUGGUCCUACACAUGUUAGAAUGGAGAGAGAGGUGCGUUAUGAAGGGGGAACAUUAUCAAAUGAUGCUCAGUAUGGGCAGCUAGGUAACAGUCUAAAUCAUGUGACACCACAAAGACAACAAGGUCAAAGCUCCUCCCAUUCACCACCGAACACAAACGCAAAGCACAGACAUUCAUUCGGUACAGUUCACCGCCCACAAACACACUUACCUGCCAACACUCACCCCCUAGCAAACAUGCUUCCUCUGCGGGGAAGAGCGCCAGCAAGCCACGCAGGCUCAAAGCCUUUCCGUUGUGAGGAAUGCGGGAAAGGCUUUACACAGAGGACCCGACUGAUAACGCACAAGCGAAUCCACACAGGAGAGAAACCGUACCACUGCCAGCUCUGUGGUAAAAUGUUCUCCAGACAGGAUAACUGCCUAAGACAUGUACGCCUCCACAGUGGACAGAGAUGGUAAAGCCCCCAAGGCUGUAUUUCAAACAGUUUAAAUUACUUUAAAGGGGAAUUCUUCUAGGGUUGCACUGAUACCAUAUCGGUAUCAGUUCCAAUACUGGCACUUAAACACAGUAUCAGUAUUGGCGAAAGAGAAUACUGAUACCACAAAACAAGCAAUUGCUGUCACACACCCUACUAAGUGACAUGCAUGCACGCCUAUAGAAAAUCUGUAACACCAGUAUUUCACAGGAGACAAUAGUAGUAGGUGAUAUACUGGUUGUGUCCAAUAGUCCCAUCUGUGGUGCGCCUCAGUCGGUCAGCUGCAUCUGACAACACCAUGGUCUCAUGGGCCGGUGCUUCCAUCAAGCUGAGAAAUCAGCUAAAAACAGCUGCUGCUGAUAGACUCUAAUACUGAUUACUGUAAUAUGCAUAAACUCCAGCAGAGCGUGUUGCUCGUAGAUGUAGUGCUAGUGUACAGGGCACAUGUAUGAGACUUUGACAUGACCUUGAGAGAAAUGAGAGAUUCAGGUGUGAAUGAGCAUUUGGCUUUGUUUUUGCUGAGCCAGACAAACUGCUGCGUGCUCAUGUGUAUGUGCCACAGGUUUAUCUAUAUAUAUAUGGUUCAGUUUUAUUUUUAGCGUUUUGCACAAUAUAAUGUUUUCAUUUUACUUCAGUUGUUAAAUAUGGUUAUUAUUAAGUAUAUGAUUGCAAAUACUAAUUAGAUAUAGAAAAUGAACAGAAAUAAGUUUUUCUUCAAACUAGUUAGUUUAAGUAGAGUUAGUAUUGAUACUCAGUAUCCACAGAUACUUAAAGAUUGGUAUCAGUUUCAGCAUCAGAGUGGUAUCGGUGCACCCCUAAAUUCUACCAGUUUUUCAGAAUUUCUGCAUUGUUAAAUUAUCAUUUAGAGUGGUUUGAUGUGCAAUGCUCCAUUCUAGAGAAUCUUACCAGAAGCCAGAAUUAUUCACUGUGGUAGUGAUAGGAACCGGAUGUCUGAAGCCUUUAAUGCGUCUAAAACUGCAGUUCUCAGUGUGAGGGCAGCCGAAAAAUCUCUGAAAUUAGUAAUUUUAAAAUUAGUUUAUUAAAUUUGUUUUGGUCAUGUCUAAAAAAAUGAUGCUUGUUUAAGCAAAUAAACAUUGCUGAGGGGGGCAUGAAGGGAGGGCACAUUGGCACUUACUGACCUUAGGGGGGCAUUAGACUGAAAAAGAACUGCUGCUCUAAAAGCUACCUCACAGAAAGCUGUUACAUGAAAUGGUUACUAGCACGCUGCCUGAGGUAUUAAGACAUUGUUUUACGAUAGUUUUAAGAGACGCCUUUGACGUCAAAUGUAUUAUUUAAAUCCAGUAAUGGCAGAGAGGUCAAUGCAGUGUGUUGUAAGGAAAAAAACCUACCCUUUUCCCAUAAUCAACAUUAUCUAUAAAAACUCAGAAGACACUGCUAGUUUCACUGGUCAUUUUGAACAGUUAAUAAAACUACUCUAUUUGUGCUGUAGACACUGUGACCCCUGGUUCCUGUCACCACCACUGUAGAAAAAUACAAGUUGAUAGGUUUCUCUACAGUGCACCAUUUCACAUCAAACCGCUGUGGAUGAAUUUAUUUACAUUUUUUUGAAAGUUUUGAAAAAAGUCAGUGGUGUUCCUCUUUAAAAGGAUCGCUAUUCUAUUACUUAAAGAAAUACUGCAGCAUUUUUCCUGUACUUAGAAAAGAACACAUUUAUAAUAGAAGCCAAUAGACAGAUGCUGUAAUAUGUUUUUGUAGAACACUUUCAUUCUGCAGUAUUCAUUAAGGUAUUUGGACAUUAACCUGUAAAUCCACAUAAUUCAGAGGUGGGACUGUUUGUCCAGUGGGAAGAAUUUGUGGCAAUUUGUUACAAGCAUUGUGAUGUAGGCAUCGAUUUCAAAGGUAUCGUAGGGAAAGUCAAAGUGGUAAGGCAUUCUCUCGUAUUUGUAUUAUUUUAAGAUGUGUAUUGUUAAAGUGUAACUGUUGUGUUUUUAAAAAAAUGUUGUAUGUUCAGGGAUUUCAAACAUUUAUUCACAGAAUUCAGCUACUGUCCAAUGGUUUCUAUUAUAGGUGAGUUCAGAGUUGAGUUGCUUUUCUGUUCUUUUCAGAGCAAAGAGUACAGGAAAACAUGUUGAAAUUUGUCUGUGGUGAUCAACAACACGAGAUGCAGCAGAUAAAAAAAAGCUGAAACAUUCCUUUAAGGCAAACGUUAGGACUUUCUGAUGGAUCUGUUAGAGCAGGAAAAUGCUAUGUUGCUCCUGGAACAAUUCUCUGACCCCCAAAAGUCUCUGUAGUUGCACACUUCUAGUGCAUUUGGUGCCAUUGAAGUACCGUCUCAAUAUGCAAGUAUGAAAACUGAAGAAAAAAAAAAUUAUAAGUAUAGAGAGCACUGGCAUGUUGUAUUCCUUAUAUUUGUCAGUGUCAUUAUGUACAGAGUGGUCUACUUUUUGUGUUCAUGUAAGAGUGGCUCUUAGUGGGGGCUGAUGGCAAAUGGGACAGUGUCUUCUCACUUCAGCAAGUCAACAGGCAACUUAACAUUCCUCAACUGCUUUCUCUUGAUUCGUUUCGUCAUACAACAGUGUUAUUGUCACUCCAUUCAUUGUACUUCUACUUGACAUGUGACAUGAAUAUAACAAUAUAACAAGCCACCAAAAUUUGACGUCAGUUGUGACAUGCUGACAUGAUGAGAUGUUAAACUCUUGUGACAUGCAGUCCAUCAGCUUUAUCAGUGCCAUUUUUUUUAAAAGAAUUGAAUGACAUUUCAUAAAAUAAAAGAGCCUUGAAUGA